AUGGAUUCUGAAGAUAGUUCAUCAGAUAAGAACGCUCCCUCUGGCGGCGAACCUUCUUCUUCAGCUCCCUUAACAUCUUCAGAUCCUUCAGCAGAAGCCCAACAGCUUGAAAGGCGCAGCAUAAGUUCUGGAGGUAGCUCAGAAGAUGAAAGAGGUCCCUCAGGGUUAACCAGUGAUGAAUUGAUUUUUAAGGCUUUAGAAACAAUCUAUGAAGAUGGAACUGGUCUUGAUUUCGAUGAUAUUUACAAUUUUAUCGAGGACAGGUUCGACGUAGUGGAUGAUUUUAGGGAGCAGUUGGAAGCCCAGCUGGAAGCUCUAGUUGCUGACGGCCAAAUACAAAAGGUAGGAGACCGCUACAGGAUCCGCCCUGUUGAUUUUGAUAUUCCGACUCCACCACCAACCAAAAGUGCAGAAGAGGCGACGAGCGCGAAGCCACUAAACACUUCCCCAAGUACUUCUGCUACUUCCGUACCAAAACCACCAGAAGGAAAUCCUCAGAUAGACGCAGCAGUAAAAGAACUCGCAGAGGCAGAACAGUUGGAGCGUCAAGCACAAGAGGCACAAGACCUUGCCUAUAAACACGACCAGGUGCUAAUGGUCAAAAGGUUUUCCUGCGGAAAAAAGAUUGAUCAUCUGGUCCGGUUCAAUGUGGAUCUAUACGAUGACCGGUUUCUUCUUUAA